UCUGGUGAGAUGAACUGAUUGGGAGGCUGGUUUCAUCCUCCACUUUUCCUCCUCAACCUUGAACUCAACCUCGACUUUGCAUCUCCGGUCAUCACUCACCAAAAUCAUCCUUCGCAACAAAACCAUCAUCUUAUUUUAUGCACAGUGAUUCAGAUGCGAAAAGAAAUUAAAUAAAAUGCAGUAUGCCUUCAUUUCGGAGCUGGCCCGGCGCAACCGGUACAACCUCCGCACGCUCCGGGAGUCACCCGCCGCCGAGAUCUCGGGCGCUCUCGGCGAUCUCGGCACUCUGCUCCCGCUCAUGAUUGCUCUCGCCCUGCAAGGCUCUAUCAACCUCCCGGCGACCUUAGUCUUUUCGGGAUUGUUUAAUAUUUUCACCGGCGCCAUCUUCGGUAUUCCGCUCCCGGUACAGCCUAUGAAGGCAAUAGCCGCUUCCGCACUCUCCACGCCCCUCCCCCUCCGAACAACAACCGCAGCGGGCGCACUCGUUUCCCUAGCCGUCUUCAUCCUUAGCACAACCGGCGCUCUCCGCCUACUCACCCGCCACCUCCCCGUCCCCAUCAUCAAAGGAAUCCAGCUCGGCGCGGGCCUCCGCCUAGUGACAUCCGGCGCGGGCCUGAUCCUCCCACUCUCCUGGCUGACCCCAGCACUCGACAGCCGGCUCUCCACAGCCGUCUUCUUCCUCGCGCUCUUCCUCACCCAGCGCGCCCCCCGCUUCCCCUACGCCCUGCUGCUCUUCCUCCUCGGCCUGCUCACCACCCUCCUUCUCCUCCCCACAACCUUCCCAAACACCAACCACUACUCCUCCCCCCUACUACCCAUAAUAACACCCCCCGAUUUCACCGCCCCCUCCGCCUGGAGCGCCGCCCUCGCCCAGCUCCCGCUCACCACCCUCAACUCCAUCAUCGCCGUCUCCGCCCUGGCCGCCUCCCUCUUCCCACCCAACCUCCCCACCCCCAUUCCCACCCCCCUCACCUCCACCUCCGCCACCCCCUUAGUUCCCCCCUUAGUUCCCCCCUCCCCACCCAGCACCACAUCCCUCAGCAUCUCCAUCACAACAAUGAACCUAGCAUCCUGCUAUUUCGGCGCCAUGCCCGUCUGCCACGGCGCCGGCGGCCUCGCCGCCCAAGCCCGCUUCGGCGCGCGCAGCGGCGCCAGCGUCGUGGUACUCGGCCUGGCCAAGGUGCUGGUGGGCGUGCUGGCCGUGUCGGGGGGCCGGGCGGGGGUGAUGCGGGUGCUGGGGGGGUUUCCGCGCGGGGUGUUGGGGGUGAUGGUUGUGGCGGCCGGGUUGGAGUUGGGGAAGGUUGGUGGGGGGGUUGAUGAUCAUGUUGAAUUGUUGGAGGGGGGGAAGGUGGGGAGGGAGGAGAGGUGGAUGGUCAUGAUGGUUACGGCGGCGGGGACGUUGGCGUUUAGGAAUGAUGGGGUGGGGUUUUUGGCGGGGUGUUGUUGCCAUGGGGCGUAUGUGCUCGCGGAUUGGGUUGAGAGGAGGAGGGGGGGAGGUUGGGGGUUGGGGGAGAGGAGGCCGUUGUUGAGGUGAUAGAUACGACGAGAGAGGUGGUUGAGAGGUGGGGGUUGAAAGGAAUAAUAAUGGUAUGGUGAAUAGAAGUGCUACCUAGAUCUGACCUGAACC